AUUUGCGCUAAAUAUUUACAGUUUAACCGCAUCAAGUAUUAAAGAUACAUAUAGACUUCAACAUGGUCGAACGCAUCGAAGACUUGAAUUUACCGAACGCAGUGAUUGCCCGCCUGAUCAAGGAUGCUCUGCCCGAUGGCUCCAAUGUCAGCAAGGAGGCGCGUGUUGCAAUUGCAAAGGCCGCUUCUGUUUUUGUCAUAUUUAUAACUUCAUCAUCGACGGCAUUGGCACACAAGCAGAACCACAGGACCAUUACGGCCAAGGAUAUUUUGCAGACGCUCAACGAACUGGACUUUGAGAGCUUUGUGCCAUCGCUCACUCAGGACUUGGAGGCGUACAGAAAGAUGGUGAAGGAUAAAAAAGAGAGCAAGGCAAACAGCAAAAAGGAUAUCAGUACUGGAGAUGCCACAGCGAGUAGCAGCUCAGCUGCAGCAGCUGCUGCUGCCGAUAAUGAAGACGCCAAUAAAUAAUGGUCAAGCAACCAAUUCGGCUUUUCAAAUACUUUUUAUAUAGAUAUAAAUGUAUAGUCCUAAUAAUCCUCAUAUUAUCAUAGUUUAUCUAACAGAUAAAAAUAUAAACAAUUAAUACAAAACACAA